AUGACGAUCAAAACACCUAGAUAUCUGCUCGUCGGUGCAGGACUAGUUGCUCAAAAGACUUAUAUACCCCGUCUACAAGAGUUAGAUGAGAAAGGCCGGGCCAAACUCAUGGCCAUCGUUGAAAUUUAUGGCAAUGAACAUCAGCGGCCUUUGUAUUCCCACCUCCCACUUUCGAAACAACAAUGGCCUCAGGAGUACCUUGAACUGGAUUUGAUGAUACGUCGUCUGAGAAUAGACUGUGUGAUCAUCAGCACUGAACCAUUUGCCCACAAAUCCUAUGGAUUGCGGGCUUUGGAAAAGGGAUUAAUUGUAAUCACGGAUAAGCCUAUAAUAACUCGGAAAGGAGCCUGUACCAGUAAAAGUGCGGCGAGUGGGAUUGCUGAAGACUUUGAAGAGCUACAGAAUGCAUAUGACGAACUUCAGAGUCGGCAGCAGACCUGCUUCACGAUCCAGUGUCACAGAUAA